AUGUCACAACAUCAAUAUACUUCUGCUUCAAAAAUUACUAAGUCUACUCAAAAGGUUAGUGCUCCUCCCAUGGACAUUCCCGAUGAUGAGAUUCUGGAUGUUGUUCCUCUCUCUGUUAUUCCCUGCGAGGCCAUUGAUUUGAACCAACCCAUAGAUGCCUCAGCUUCUGCAUGCCCCAAUCAAGGUAACAUCUCUAGUAUUCCUUCUGGCUCAACUCCUGCCACUAAUUCUAAGGAAGAUAUACACCACACUGAUCGAGUUGAACAACAUAGUGAGAAGGAUGUCGAUUCCUCCAGUUCUGAGAAGGACAUGGCUGCUGAAGGGUUGUGCUCUCUAGGGCAAACCGUGUCUGAAAAAGGAAAAUAUGUGGCAUCUAAAACUGUCAAUGCUUCCCACUCUGAGAAACAUGAUGAUGCAAACGAUAAGAGGAAGGUUAGAGAAGAUUCUAAGUCUGAAGAGGAUGUUGAGGAAGAUGUCCUUGACAUCUCGCCUGUGAAGAAAGCCACUUCUAGGAAGUCUCCUGUUAAAGUUCCUGUUGUUCCUUUGGAUAAUAUCUCUUUCCAUCUUGAUGAUGGAGCUGCCAAGUGGAAAUUUAUGAUUCAAAGAAGGGCGACUAUGGAAAGGGAGUUGGUAAAAGAUGUUGUUGAUGACAAGGAGGUCAUGGACCUGAUAAAGGUUGUUGGGUUGUUGAAGACUAUGUCUGGGUUCUCUCAAUGCUAUGAGGGUUUAGUUAAGGAAUUCAUUGUCAACAUUCCUGAGGAUAUUACUGAUAAGAAUAGCAAGGAAUUUUGCAAGGUGUUUGUAAGGGGAAGAAAAAUUAAGGGUGCAGGUGAAUUGGAAGCUACAGACAAUGAGGUAUGUAGAGAGAUUACAGCUAGGCAGGUGAAAGGAGCUGCAAAUUGGGUCUCUACCAACCAUAUUUCUACCAUUGCUAAUACCCUUGGAAGGUUUAUUUUUGUUGUUGGAACCAAAGUGAAUUUUGACUAUGGUAGAUUUAUGUUUGAACAAAUCAUCAAGCAUGCAUCUACUAAUGCAGUUAAGCUGCCUAUUGCCUUUCUCUCUAUGAUCUGUGGGAUUAUCCUGAAUCAACACCCUGAUAUUAUAUGCUCUAAUGACUUACCUAGUAGAAGAAAACUUGCUCUGUCUGGGCACUAUAAAUUGUUUAAAGGCAGUCAUGUCGAGGAUAUUGUCAUGACAUCUGCCAUGAAAAAGCCAGCCUCAAAAGUUGGAACAAUUGCUGAGCUUAAGGAGACUUGCAAAGAGCUGGGUGAAGAGAUAAUGGUAGCAACAACUAGGAAACAAUCGUUGGAAGCCUUGAUUGCAAGCUUGGAGCAGGCUGAAGAAUACCCAUCAAGCAUACUAAGAUACUCAAAACCUGCGGUUGAAUCGACAAACAUUUUUGCCAUUGGCACUGGGUAUUCAUCCUUUGGGGUUGCUGCAUUCAAAUCUCCGAAUUCAAUGUAA